AUGCCACCGAGUGACACAUUGUCUGGUCGGAUCAACGCGGCGACCAGGAAGCAACAUACACGACUCAACCGACUGUUGAUGGACCGUCUGCCAUCAGCCCUUCCACCGCAUACAGAGUCACCACUUCUAUACAGCAAAGGGCUCGUACCGUUCGCGAGGAUCUUCAUACUUUUCGAAAUAGAGUGGGAGCUGCUGACAAGACACUUUCAUACAAAGGCCUCCACAUACUCGGGUCAUGAAUAUGACGUUCGCCAAUGGCUAUCCAACCUCCGGCCCUCCGGCCUCGCAAGAUCACAUCGCCUCAGAGACGACCUGAGACAUUUGCGCAUGGUCGCUGGACCGGAUAUAUACAACACGCCAGCUCUGGGCGACGCAUGGGUCAAGGACAUGCGAGACCUCAUGCGUAAGAAGCCUCAUGUCUUCAUGGCGUUUGCUUGGGUCUUCUACAUGGCAGUCUUUUCGGGCGGUAGGUGGAUUCGGCGGCAGCUUUCGAACGGCGGCGUAGAUUUCUGGUUGAGCCAGCCUGGUGCUCUUCGACCCAAGAGCGACCUCGUUGUACCUGGCUUCUCAUUUCUCUCUUUCGACAGCGAGCAUGAUGGCGAGGACUUGAAGGCGCUUUUCAAGACCAGGCUCGGGGAUGCUGAGCGGCUCUUGACGAUGGACGAGAAGCAAGACGUUAUCAACGUAUCGCAGCAGCUGUUUGAUCGUUGUGUGCUGCUCGUCCAUGAGUUGGACCGGAUGGCAUAUCGACAGAAGAUUCGGAGCUGGCUGCCGACGAUCCUUUUCGCCGCUUUGCUUCCAUUGAUGCUGAUGCUCGCUCUGGGCUACCUUGCUGGCUUCUCUGACUUUCUUUCCAGGCUCUUAUCUCCUCUCCGGAGAUUCCGCCCUCGCAUGGAGAUCUAG